AUGACUGCGGCAGCGAACUGGGUGGCGAACGGGGCGAGCCUGGAGGAUUGUCACUCCAACCUCUUCUCGCUGGCUGAACUCACAGGAAUCAAAUGGCGUAGGUACAAUUUUGGAGGGCAUGGGGACUGUGGACCCAUGAUUUCAGCCCCAGCCCAGGAUGACCCAAUCCUGUUAAGUUUCAUCCGCUGCCUGCAAGCCAACUUGCUCUGUGUGUGGCGUCGUGAUGUCAAACCAGAUUGCAAAGAGUUAUGGAUAUUCUGGUGGGGAGAUGAGCCCAACCUUGUGGGUGUAAUACAUCAUGAACUGCAGGUUGUGGAGGAAGGACUCUGGGAAAAUGGCCUUUCCUAUGAAUGUAGGACGCUGCUCUUCAAAGCGAUCCACAAUCUGUUAGAAAGGUGCCUAAUGGAUAAGAACUUCGUCAGGAUUGGGAAGUGGUUUGUUCGACCCUAUGAGAAGGAUGAAAAGCCGGUCAAUAAGAGUGAGCAUUUGUCCUGUGCUUUCACAUUCUUUCUUCAUGGGGAAAGCAAUGUCUGCACAAGUGUGGAGAUUGCCCAGCACCAGCCCAUUUAUCUGAUCAGUGAGGAGCACAUACACAUGGCUCAGUCCUCGCCGGCCCCGUUCCAAGUCCUGGUGAGUCCCUAUGGCUUAAAUGGCACGCUAACAGGCCAAGCGUACAAGAUGUCAGACCCAGCCACUCGCAAGUUGAUCGAGGAAUGGCAGUACUUCUACCCAAUGGUGCUGAAAAAGAAAGAGGAACUGAAAGAGGAAGAGGAGUUGGGGUACGAUGAUGAUUUCCCCGUGGCAGUAGAAGUCAUUGUUGGUGGUGUUCGGAUGGUGUACCCUUCAGCUUUUGUUUUGAUCUCUCAGAAUGACAUUCCAGUUCCUCAGAGUGUUGCCAGUGCUGGAGGCCAUAUUGCGCUUGGGCAGCAGGGCCUUGGGAGUGUGAAGGACCCAAGUAACUGUGGGAUGCCUCUUACUCCUCCCACCUCGCCAGAGCAGGUUGUCAUAGGUGAGAGUGGAGGUACGCAGAGUGCUGUCAGUCACCUGGUUUCCCAAGAGGGAGGGAUGAUAACUAUGCACAGUCCAAAGAGAUCGGGGAAGAUUCCUCCAAAACUCCACAAUCACAUGGUCCAUCGAGUCUGGAAGGAAUGCAUCCUCAACAGAACCCAGUCCAAGAGGAGCCAGAUGUCAACUCCAACUCUUGAAGAAGAGCCUGCUAACAAUCCUGCUACCUGGGAUUUUGUGGAUCCAACCCAGAGAGUUAGCUGUUCUUGUUCCAGGCAUAAACUUUUAAAACGUUGUGCAGUAGGACCCAGUCGACCUCUCACAAUAAAUCAACCAGGGCUCAGUGCAGGACCAUCAUCAUCUUCAUCUUUACCACCUCCUGCUGCUUCUAAGCACAAAACAACAGAAAGACAGGAAAAAGGAGACAAGUUGCAAAAGAGACCUUUGAUACCAUUUCACCAUAGGCCGUCUGUGGCCGAAGAGUUAUGCAUGGAGCAGGAUACAGCAGGGCAGAAGCUGGGGUUGGCGGGGAUAGACUCCUCCUUAGAGGUGUCCAGCAGCAGGAAGUAUGAUAAGCAAAUGGCCGUGCCUUCCAGAAAUACAAGCAAGCAGAUGGAUCUGAAUCCUAUGGAUUCUCCUCGUUCCCCUAUUUCCCCUCUGCCGCCAACACUCAGCCCACAGCCACGGGGUCAGGAAACAGAGAGUUUGGACCCCCCGUCUGUCCCUGUGAAUCCAGCCCUCUAUGGAAAUGGGCUAGAGCUGCAGCAGUUAUCCACUCUGGAUGACAGAACUGUCCUCGUAGGCCAAAGACUGCCUCUGAUGGCAGAGGUCAGCGAGACGGCCUUAUAUUGUGGGAUCAGGCCCUCAAACCCGGAGUCCUCAGAUAAGUGGUGGCACAGUUACUGUCUCCCUGCCAGUGAUGAUGCUGAGUUCAGGCCUCCAGAGCUCCAGGGUGAGAGAUGUGAUACCAAAAUGGAGGUGAACGCAGAGAGCACGGCACUGCAAAGACUCUUAGCACAACCUAACAAACGGUUCAAAAUCUGGCAAGACAAGCAGCCCCAGAUGCAGCCACUGCACAUCCUUGACCCGUUGCCUCUAAGCCAACAACCUGGGGACAGUUUGGGAGAAGUCAAUGACCCAUACACCUUUGAGGAUGGUGACAUAAAAUACAUCUUCACAGCAAACAAGAAAUGCAAGCAAGGGACAGAGAAAGAUUCCCUGAAAAAGAAUAAGUCAGAGGAUGGAUUUGGUACCAAGGAUGUCACUACACCAGGUCAUUCCACGCCGGUGCCUGAUGGGAAAAAUGCCAUGUCUAUUUUCAGUUCUGCUACUAAAACAGAUGUCCGGCAGGAUAACGCUGCUGGCAGAGCUGGCUCCAGUAGCCUUACGCAGGUGACAGAUUUGGCACCUUCCCUGCAUGACUUAGACAACAUCUUUGAUAAUUCUGAUGACGACGAACUUGGGGCUGCAUCACCUGCACCACGCUCAUCUAAAAUGCCUGCGGUUGGGACGGAAGACCGGCCUCUUGGGAAGGAUGGAAGGACUGCUGUUCCUUACCCUCCAACAGUUGCAGAUCUGCAGAGAAUGUUUCCCACCCCGCCGUCUUUGGAACAGCACCCCGCUUUUUCUCCUGUGAUGAGUUACAAGGAUGGAGUCAGUUCAGAGACGGUGACAGCAUUAGGCAUGAUGGAGAGCCCCAUGGUCAGCAUGGUGUCCACACAGCUCACAGAAUUCAAGAUGGAAGUGGAAGACGGCUUAGGAAGCCCCAAGCCCGAGGAGGUCAAGGACUUUUCAUACGUGCAUAAAGUUCCCACCUUUCAGCCUUUCGUGGGGUCCUCCACAUUUGCGCCACUGAAGAUGCUGCCAAGCCAGUGCCUGCUACCUCUGAAGAUACCCGAUGCCUGUCUGUUUCGGCCUUCGUGGGCAAUUCCUCCUAAAAUUGAACAACUGCCCAUGCCACCCGCAGCCACUUUCAUUAGAGAUGGCUACAAUAACGUGCCUAGUGUCGGGAGCCUCGCAGACCCAGACUAUCUGAACACACCCCAGAUGAACACACCAGUGACGCUCAACAGUGCCGCCCCUGCCAGCAACAGUGGGGCAGGAGUCCUGCCGUCUCCAGCCACCCCUCGCUUCUCGGUCCCCACACCUCGCACCCCCAGGACCCCAAGAACUCCCAGAGGUGGGGGCACUGCCAGUGGCCAGGGGUCUGUGAAAUAUGACAGCACAGAUCAGGGGUCACCAGCCUCUACCCCGUCCACCACACGGCCCCUGAACUCUGUGGAGCCUGCCACCAUGCAGCCAAUUCCCGAAGCCCACAGCCUCUAUGUCACCUUGAUUCUCUCCGAUUCUGUCAUGAAUAUCUUCAAAGACAGAAACUUUGACAGCUGUUGCAUCUGUGCCUGCAACAUGAAUAUCAAAGGGGCAGACGUGGGACUCUACAUCCCCGAUUCGUCCAACGAGGACCAGUACCGCUGCACCUGCGGCUUUAGUGCCAUCAUGAAUCGCAAGCUCGGCUAUAAUUCGGGCCUCUUCCUGGAAGAUGAGUUGGACAUCUUUGGGAAGAAUUCUGAUAUUGGUCAGGCAGCAGAGAGGCGCUUGAUGCUAUGUCAGACCACCUUCCUUCCUCAGCUGGAAGGAGCCAGGAAAUCCCAGGAGCCGCCCAUCAGCCUCCUGCUCCUCCUGCAGAAUCAGCACACACAGCCCUUUGCUUCCCUGAGCUUCCUAGACUACAUUUCCUCUAACAGUCGCCAGCCCCUUCCCAGUGUCAGCUGGAGUUACGACCGGGUACAAGCCGACAACAACGAUUACUGGACAGAGUGCUUCAAUGCGUUGGAGCAGGGCCGGCAGUAUGUGGAUAACCCCACGGGUGGCAGAGUGGACGAGGCGCUGGUCAGGAGUGCCACUGCCCACUCGUGGCCACACAGCAACGUGUUGGACAGCAGCAUGCUGUCUUCCCAAGAUGUGGUCCGCAUGCUGCUGUCCCUGCAGCCCUUCCUCCAAGACGCCAUCCAGAAGAAGCGCACAGGCCGGACCUGGGAGAACAUCCAGCACGUGCAGGGGCCGCUCACCUGGCAGCAGUUCCACAAAAUGGCGGGACGGGGAACCUACGGUUCUGAAGAGUCCCCAGAGCCGCUGCCCAUCCCCACGCUGCUGGUGGGCUGUGACAAGGACUUCCUUACCAUCUCGCCCUUCUCCUUGCCCUUCUGGGAGAAGCUGUUGUUGGACCCGUACGGGGGCCACCGUGACGUCGCCUAUAUUGUGGUGUGUCCAGAAAACGAGGCCUUGCUCGAAGGAGCCCAAACUUUCUUCAGGGACUUGAGCGCUGUAUACGAGAUGUGCAGGCUUGGCCAGCAUAGACCCAUCUGCAAAGCGCUCCGGGACGGGAUCAUGCGCGUGGGAAAGGCCGCCGCGCAGGAGCUGACCGACGAGGCCGUGGGCGAAUGGCUCAGCCAGCCGUGGGGCAGCGAGGAGAGCGACAAUCACUCCAGACUCAAACUUUAUGCGCAAGUUUGCCGCCAUCACCUAGCACCUUACUUAGCCACUCUGCAGCUCGACAGCAGCCUGUUGGUGCCACCUAAAUACCAGAGCCCACCAGCAGCAGCACAGGGACAAGCCACACCUGGGAAUGCUGGGCCUUUGGCUUCAAAUUCAGGACCAGCAGUGCCCCCAGCUGGCAGUGCGUUUAACCCCACCUCCAAUGGCAGUUCUACAAACCCUGCAGCAAGCAGCUCCGCCCCUGGCUCCUCUGCCCCACACGCCUCAGCCUCGGCCUCUGCUCCUGGUAUUACCCAGAUCAGCACUACCUCCUCUUCGGGAUUCAGUGGUAGUGUUGGAGGGCAGAACCCCAACACAGGGAGCAGCUCUGCAGACAGAAUGCAAGGGAACAUCAGCUGUGGUGGAGACCCUGAGCCUGGGCAGAGCUCCUCUCAGCCCUCCCAGGACGGACAAGAAAGCGUCACAGAACGGGAGAGGAUAGGCGUCCCCACAGAGCCUGACUCUGCCGACAGCCAGGCCUACCCGCCCGCGGUAGUCAUCUACAUGGUGGAUCCGUUCACCUACACCUCGGAGGAGGACUCCACUGCCGGGAACUUUUGGUUGUUGAGCCUGAUGCGUUGCUACACGGAGAUGCUGGAUCAUUUACCCGAGCGCAUGAGAGACUCCUUCAUCCUCCAGAUCGUGCCUUGUCAGUACAUGCUGCAGACAAUGAAGGAUGAACACGUCUUCUAUGUUCAGUACUUGAAGUCCAUGGCGUUUUCUGUGUACUGCCAGUGCAGGCGGCCUCUGCCCACACAGAUCCACAUUAAGUCCCUCACGGGAUUCGGGCCUGCAGCCAGCAUUGAGAUGACCCUCAAGAACCCGGAGCGGCCCAGCCCAAUCCAGCUUUACUCCCCUCCCUUUGUAUUGGCUCCAAUCAAAGACAAGCAGACAGAGUUGGGAGAGACGUUUGGUGAAGCGAGCCAGAAGUACAACGUGCUCUUCGUGGGCUACUGUCUGUCUCAUGACCAGCGCUGGCUUUUGGCUUCCUGCACUGAUCUCCAUGGGGAAUUGCUCGAGACCUGCAUUGUGAAUAUCGCUCUGCCAAACAGAUCACGGAGGAGUAAAGUAUCUGCCCGUAAAAUCGGACUCCAGAAGUUGUGGGAGUGGUGCGUUGGCGUAGUGCAGAUGACGUCUCUACCCUGGAGAGUUGUGAUUGGGCGGCUUGGACGUCUGGGCCACGGGGAGCUUAAAGAUUGGAGCAUCCUCCUGGGAGAGUGCUCCCUACAGACAAUCAGCCGACGGCUCAAGGACGUGUGCAGGAUGUGCGGGAUCUCCACCGCAGACUCCCCUUCCAUCCUCAGUGCCUGCCUGGUCGCCAUGGAGCCGCAGGGGUCCUUCGUAGUGAUGCCAGAUGCUGUCACCAUGGGCUCUGUUUUCGGCCGGAGCACUGCACUGAACAUGCAGUCUUCUCAGCUCAAUACCCCACAAGAUGCUUCCUGUACCCACAUCUUGGUGUUCCCAACGUCAUCGACCAUCCAGGUGGCUCCAGCCAACUACCCCAACGAGGAUGGCUUCAGCCCCAACAACGAUGAUAUGUUUGUUGACCUUCCAUUCCCAGAUGACAUGGACAAUGACAUUGGCAUAUUAAUGACGGGGAACCUCCAUUCGUCACCCAACUCCUCCCCGGUCCCCUCUCCAGGUUCUCCCUCUGGCAUUGGUGUGGGCUCGCACUUCCAGCAUAGUCGGAGCCAGGGCGAGCGUCUUCUUUCAAGAGAGGCCCCCGAGGAGCUCAAACAGCAGCCUCUGGCCCUCGGGUAUUUUGUGUCAACUGCCAAAGCCGAGAACCUGCCCCAGUGGUUCUGGUCGUCAUGUCCGCAGGCUCAGAACCAGUGCCCCCUCUUCCUGAAGGCGUCCCUGCAUCACCACAUUUCCGUAGCACAGACGGAUGAACUGCUCCCCUCCAGGAACUCUCCGCGGGUCCCACACCCUCUGGACUCCAAAACCACCUCUGAUGUUCUGAGGUUUGUCCUGGAGCAGUACAACGCUCUGUCCUGGCUGACGUGCAACCCGGCCACCCAAGACCGGACUUCCUGCCUCCCUGUCCACUUUGUGGUGCUCACUCAGUUGUACAACGCCAUCAUGAAUAUACUUUAA